AUGGGCUGGAAUAGCUGGAAUGCAUUCAAGGCUGAUUUUAACCAAACCGUCAUUGAAAAUACCGCAAGUCUACUUGUCAGCACAGGCUUGCGUGAUGCUGGUUACAUCUAUCUUGUCAUGGAUGAGGGGUGGCAGGCAAUGGAAAGAGACGAGAAUGGGCGACAACAAGCAAACACUACGAAGCUGCCGGGUGGAGUGGCCAGAAUUGCGGAUUUUUUGCAUAACAAGGGGUUGAAGCUAGGGGUCUACAGUGAUGCAGGAAUAUACGACUGUGACUUCUAUCCAGGCCCCUGGGGCUACGAAGAACUGGAUGCUGCGACUUAUGCCGAAUGGGGUGUGGACUAUCUCAAGUAUGACAACUGUGGGGGAUUUGAAGCAAAUACCGAAAGUCCACAGGUUCGCUUCGGAGCAAUGAGAGAUGCGCUCAGAGGCACUGGUCGAGAAAUUUUCUAUUCGAUCUGCCAAUGGGGCCAUCAAUUCCCCUGGUAUUGGGCAGACGAGAAUAGCCAGUCAUACCGGAUGUCGGGAGACAUAACCGAUGUUUUCAGUGACACUGGAAAAGACUGUGCUUGCAAAACGGCAUACUGCAUGGAUGUCGGCUACGCCGGCUGCAGUGUGUUGACAAUAAUUCGAAGAAUGAGAGAGCUCAGCCCUUUUCAAAAGUCUGGAGCAUGGGCUGAUAUGGAUAUGCUUGAGAUCGGCAACGGAAACAUGACCUUACACGAACAACAGACGCACAUGACAUUUUGGGCCGCUUUGAAAUCGCCGCUGAUCAUCGGUGCCGAUCUGCAAAUGCUUUCCGAUGAGAGUUUAGGCGUGUUGAAAAACAAGGAGAUUAUCGCCGUCUCACAAGAUUCUCUUGGUGAAGCAGUGCAAUACCUUCCAGAUUUGAGUACUGACAAGAGUAUCCAGGUUUGGGCUGGCCCGUUGACCGGCAGCAAGGUUUUGAUAUUGGUACUCAGUGAGCUUGCGAGUGCGACGACUGUCAAUUUGUCUUUGGGUGAUAUUACGGGACUUACGUCUGAUCGUUCUUAUACUGCUCGAGAUAUAUGGGGGGCAAAGAGUCUUGGCCGGGUAAAAGGGAACAUCACGUUGCAAGUGGAUACACACCAAACAAGAGCCCUGGUUGUCAGCUAA